UUCACGGGAAAGAUAGAAUCUCCGGUCUGGAUAUUCGAUAGCCCUAAAAAGGAGAAAAGAGAGGUAGGAGGGAGGCGUUGUGGUUUCGGUUUCGGUUUUUUUGAUUCUCUCUUCAUUCCACGGUAAAUCACGAGCAAAUUUUUUGCUGAAACUGAUAAUCAAUUCGCCAAUCUCUGAAGACUCGAACAGAAUUCCAUGGCGUCCCGCCGGCGUAUGCUCCUCAAGGUCAUCAUUCUUGGCGACAGCGGGGUAGGGAAGACGUCGCUCAUGAAUCAAUACGUGAAUCGAAAAUUCAGCAAUCAGUACAAAGCCACAAUUGGAGCUGAUUUCUUGACCAAAGAAGUCCAGUUUGAGGACAGGCUCUUCACAAUGCAGAUAUGGGAUACAGCUGGACAGGAAAGAUUUCAAAGCCUUGGUGUUGCAUUUUACCGUGGUGCAGACUGUUGUGUUCUCGUUUAUGAUGUGAAUGUCAUGAAAUCAUUUGAGAAUCUCAACAACUGGAGGGAGGAGUUCCUGAUUCAAGCCAGUCCACCUGACCCUGAAAACUUCCCAUUUGUUGUGCUUGGGAACAAGGUUGAUGUUGAUGGUGGCAACAGCAGAGUGGUGUCUGAGAAGAAGGCGAGGGCAUGGUGUGCUUCCAAGGGGAAUAUUCCUUAUUUUGAAACUUCUGCCAAAGAUGGUUUCAAUGUUGAAGCUGCUUUUCAGUGCAUAGCAAAAAAUGCUCUGACAAAUGAACCUGAGGAAGAAAUAUAUCUUCCUGACAUUAUUGAUGUGGGGAGUGGACAACAGCAAAGAUCUUCUGGGUGUGAAUGUUAGAAGUUCCAUUGAUUGGACGCUUUUUUUCAGCCUAUUGGUUUAGAGGAAGAAAGGAGCCACAUUUGCACCUGCACUCAGCUCAUUAUCUCUGGAACUUUUAAAACACACUCCGUAUGUAUAUUUACAAGCAAAAAGCAUGAUUGUGUUAGUGUUUUUGAUUCUUUUUGUUUCUCACUUUAUGCCCUCUUCAAUUAUUUUUCCUUUACCUUUUAUUUUUAUUUUCUGGGAAUCAAAUUGUUCUGUAUUGAAAUCACUGGGUUGUGCAGCACUUCGAUCUAACUAUUGGUGUUGUUAUUGGUACUGUUAGUACUGUUACAGUGUUUACUUAUUCUUUA